AAGACGGUCACCUGACAACAAAGAAGGAAAAUUCUGAUGGAGGAAGCAGGAAGUCCGUCCACCGAGAAGAAGAGCCCGACCACAUAAACAAAACACAAAAAACUGAGCUAAAGUCGAAGAGAAACUUUCUCACAUUUACUACAAUGGCCGGCAUUAAAGCACUGGUUGGUUUGUCCUUCAGUGGUGCCAUUGGACUUACAUUUCUCCUUCUGGGCUGUGCACUGGAACAGUACGGGGUAUACUGGCCGCUGUUUGUCCUGAUUUUCUACAUAUUGAGCCCCAUCCCGACCUUCAUAGCCAGACGCCUCAGUGAUGACACUGAAUCCUCCAAUGCGUGCAGAGAACUGGCCUACUUCUUAACAACUGGCAUCGUGGUAUCAGCUUUUGGGCUUCCCAUUGUGCUAGCCCGCAAAAGCACAAUCCAGUGGGGUGCCUGCAGUCUGGUGAUGACAGGAAACGCUGUCAUCUUCCUCACCAUCUUCGGCUUCUUUGUCGUGUUUGGAGGUGGGGACGACUUCAGCUGGGAGCAGUGGUAGAGUGCCGUCAGACAGUGGACAGACAGAAGGAUGGAUGGAUGGAUGGAUGGGUAGGUGGAUAGUUGAAUGGAUAGACUGCAGACUGAGGGGCACAUGUGUCCUGCACUCUUUGGAGAAUGAUGCACAGUGUAGGCUGCAAAAUGUCAAAUUUACCAGGCAUAUUUUCAGACUGAUUUUUAUAUUACAGGGUGUUAGUGUUGGUGACAACACUAUGAGCCCUAAUAAUGUGCCUUAUGUCUGGGACCAGAGAGACCGAUGAUGCCUAUCCACCUUCGCCCAUGUAUUUUAGCUUGCCUCGCCUUUGUUUCAACCCUCAAAUCACCCUGCUCAUUGCACCUGCCUUUUACGUUCAUUAUGCUUCAGUUAAUCAAUAUUAUAAAGGGAUCCUAAAGAGUAACUCUGUUGCAAUGUACACCACAAUGCUCACUGCAUUAUCUGUCCUCACUGUUCAAGGAGGAAGUGGCGAUAGUGGAUUACAGCUUGCUUAUUGUGAGCUCUGUUUGCUGUGUAAAGUGUGAAGGCAGGGCAAGUUAUCCUAAUCCAUGCUAUCUGACAACUAGUCGUAGAAGUCCUAAUCAGGUAAAUAUAUAUUUGUAUGGAGAUGAUGAGUUAUUUUGUUUUCAUUUUUGCUACAAGACUUUAAAGCAUUACUUUUGUGUUCUGGUGCAAUUGUUUACAUUUUCACCAAAGAUCAUUUUAGAGUGCAAAAAAAUGGAGCAUAUUCUCCUCUAUGCUGUGGAUUUUGAUCUGUGCUAUGCAGCAAUAUGAUCCUCAAAAGCAAGCUGAGGCAUUUGAGAAAGCGCUGGUUAGUGAGGAUCAUACAUCUUAAGUGUCUGUGUUCAGUUAUUGUACAAACAAGCCAGAGAAAGCACUCAUAUCCAUUUUAUUUUCCUGCAGACGACAAAGACAUUCAUACUGUUAGCAUGAUAUUAAUUUGGGAAUCAUUUUUUGUACAAGUUGAAUGGUUGAUAUGGGAGAUAUAUAAUUUUAGACAAAGUGUUUUUGUCCUACAUGUAGACUGUAUAUAAAGAUGGACAACGCAUCUCUUUUUCCUCCCAUUGUACAAAAGCGAAGCCAAAAUAUCCGGGAUACAGCUGCUGCAGUCUUGUGCUGGUGGCGCCAUUUUAAGCCCGAGUCCAUUCGUUAGCAUCCUCCACAGUAUUGAGUCCAACCAAUCGUGAGCAGCACCAUUGAUCGCAGACACUCCAUUAGCACACACAGUUAUCAAUCAUGUCAGCAAACCACCUUUAUAGCAUCAGAUAACCAGGGCUGUCCCGCAAAUCACUUUUGGGCAUCGAAGCUUUGGUGACAAAUAUGCGCAAAAUAACAAGGGCAUAAGUCAGACUAAAACAUUAGUAUUUUUUUAGCCAAUACACUGAAAUGAUGUGACAGUUGCCACUUUGUUAGCAUGCAAGUUACAGUAACAUUAACCAUAAUAACCAGGAAAGAAAGAAUAGUUUGCAAGACGGCUAUUCUGAGUCACUGGAUCAGACUGUGGCUAGAAACCUGCCCUUCCGCUAUCUGCAUGCUAACAGUUUUCAAAAUCCCCUUCGCUAUGGGAAACAACAACCUCAGAGCUAACCUACAUACUGAAAAUUGCAAGUUUUGAUGGAGAUUUGAUUGCUGCAGUAUGGCCUGAUUGCUUUGUUCUUUCAGUGAAUUAUUGCAAAGAUCUACAGCGAAUAAAACAACUUAUGAACGCACCUUGAAAAAUCCCAGACUCCGUCUCACAGGACUCUAGUGCCCAAUGUUGAUCUAUUUUCUGACACAGCCAGUCACAGUUGAUUUGCAACAUCUUUCAAAACAUCUCCAGUCAGAUGAUUCCUGAAUGCAUCCUUUUUUUAGAAGGAGUGUGAUAUGGAACUGCCCCGACUGCCCUUUGGAUCAGCAAACUCCCUUGCCACUUUCAACAGAGCUGUCAGGUUAGCACAAGCUAACAUAGCAGUAGUGUUAACAUCCAACACUGAGCCAACAGUUUAAACAAACUCACACUGAAACGGCUCGACUCUGUUGUAAAACCCGUUAAUAACAGUUAGAUAACGUUAGCUGUGUGAUGCUAACAGUUAGCUGUGUCACUGUGUGUAUUCCUUUCUGACAGUAUUUUGCAAGGGCACCAUCACUGCAUCCUGGGUUUAUCGCCGCCCAACACGAUUAAGAUUGGUUUAAAGUAACACAAACAAGCCAAGAGUGUUUUCCCCCUCUAGCAGAAAGACAAUAUGGUGAUUCCAGAGCUUUCUCGAGCACUGGAGCCUAUCCCCGCUGACAUUGGGCAAAAGGCAGGGUACACCCUGGACAGGUCACCAGACUUAUCACAGGGCUGACACAUAGAGACAGACAACCAUUCACACUCACAUUCACACCUACGGACAAUUUAGAGUCACCAGUUAACCUGCAUGUCUUUGGACUGUGGGAGGAAGCCGGAGUACCCAGAGAAAACCCACACUGACACGGAGAGAACAUGCAAACUCCACACAAAACUCCACCCCAGGUUUAAUCUGUGACAAGAACUGCCUAAAAUAAUAGAAAUCAUCUUUGAGAAAAAUGUACUUGCCUGUUCUUUCGAGGUGUGAUUUUUUUUUAUUUUUUUUUUAUUUUUUUUUUUUACUUUACUUUAGUCCCAUCCGUUGACAUGUAAGGGGCGAGGUUUAUGGCCUAUACUGCAGCUAGCCACCAGGUGGCAAUUGAGAUGUUUUGGCUUCACUCUCGGGGAGCUGUCAUGUCAUCCAUCUUUAUCAUACAGUCUUUUUGUCCUAAAGGAGAAGGCUUUACCUGUGAACUCAUUCAGAAGUGCCUGUCAUUCACAGUGCAUAUUUUGAUUAAUAGCGAAAUCACUGUGAUUCAGUUUUCAUCAGGGGCCAUUGAAAUCUGUAAUUGUAAAUCAAUAUCACAUCAUCAUGUUCUUUAUCAUCAUUGUCAGUAACUGAAUAUUAAUGAGAGUUUGUAUGAUUAGCCCAUCUCAUAGAGACUAUCACAGAAAAUUCUUAGUGUCCUAUAUUAAUUUCUUCUUUCCUUAACUGCUUUUCAAGGGGAAGUAUUACACUGUAUGUCUCACAACUGACAUGUUCAAUAAAGAAAGCUCGUUCUUUCUGUUGUUACUCCCAUACCCACACUAACGAGUGCUGAAGAGCUCUCAGAGGUUAUUUUAUAAACUCCUGACUGCAUUUUGUUUUCUAACAUUGAUUAAAAUUCUCUGUAUAGUGAAAACAAA